CUCCGUUCUCUUUGCUCGUUAAAGAUAAUCAAUUUAAUCAAGCUAUAUACCAUAUUUUAAUAUUAUGAAUUUUAAAAAGAGGUUUCGGUUUAUUUCAUUAAUCUUAUAUUUAACAAUUUUGGUUAAAACAUCUAUUGCGGUGUUUGUACCAGGUUCCUACCUAACAUUACCCCAAUGUAUCGCAGCCACUGAGGUGAGUGUGAUCUAUCCGAAUUAUCCCGGGUGGCGAGAUGCAAAAAUUGGUGAACGAAUUCGAUUUCAACGAAGACCAGUAGUAGUUACUUAUCCAAUUAAUACGACUCAAGUACAAUGGUUAGUUCAAUGCGCUAAUUCAUUCAAAAGAAUGCCAGUUCCUAGGAACGGUGGUCACAGUAAUAUUGGAUCAUCUUCAAUGGAUAAUUCAGUAGUUAUUGAUAUAAGCUAUAUGGAUUCACUUGUUAUAGAUGCUGCGACUCAAACAGCAACUGUUGGUGGAGGAAUUCGUCUUGGACCUUUAUAUAUUGAAUUAGAUAAAGCAGGAUUUACUAUAAUUUCUGCUACACAUCCAACUGUAGGUUUAUCAGGAGCAAUCGCUUCUGGUGGGUUUGGAUUACAAUCACGUAAAUAUGGUGUUACAGGAGAUUGGGUACUAGAAGCGGAAGUUGUAACUUCGGAUGGUAGCUUAUUGAUCGCAAAUGCUGGAUCUCAUUCUGAUUUAUUUUGGGCAUUAAGAGGUGGAGGUGGUGGAAAAUAUGGGAUUGUUACUCAAUGGAAAUUAAAACUUAUACCUGUAUGGCCUAAAUUUACUGUAUUUAAUAUAAAUUAUUUUUAUAACGGAUUUGAAGAAGUUUUAACGAAUUUUUGGAAUUGGGCUUAUGGUUCUAUAGAGGAUUUAUCAGUUUCUUUUGUUUUUACAAAUAAUGAAUUUAAUAUACAAGGACAUUUUUUGGGGGGAGAAAAAGAUUUACAUGAAUUAGUUGAUAAAACUGGAUUAUUUAAAUUAUCAAAUGCUAAAGCUGUUAAACAUGAUGAAUGUACACAUUUAGGGUCUCGUGCUUAUUUCCUUGAUAAAGACAAAACUUGUGAUAAAAUUUAUCUAUUGAAUGUUGGAAAUUCACCAUUUGGUCCAAAUUAUGGUGAUGAUCCAUCACUUCUAACACUUCAAACUGCUGAGAUCACUCUAGUUACUGAAGGAGUUAUAGAAGGAUAUGGGGCCGCGCCUAAACAACAAAGGGAAUAUGUAAAAACAAAAUCAAUGUUUUUCGCUAAAGAAUUAUCAGUUGAAAAUAUUACAACUAUAGUGGAAAGAGCAAAAGCUAUGCCACCUGGAGCUCAUGCAGAAUUAACUGCCUAUGGUGGUAUACUGGGAACUCAACCCACUGAUUUAACAGCUUUUCCUCAUAGAAAUGGUGUAGCUUAUCAUCUUUUACUUGAAGUUUCGCUUACUGGUAAUGCUACUAUUGAUGAAAUUGCUUUAAACUUUGUAAAUACGUGGGAAGAAGAUCUUAGACCAUUAUCGAAUGGCAGGAGUUAUGUGGGAUAUGAGGAUGAAGAUUUAGUAAAUCCUGGAUUAUCUUAUUUCGGUGGAAAUCUUGAGACAUUAAAAAACAUUGACUCUAUAUAUGAUCCAAAUAAUAUUCUUGAUUCUGGACAAUCUCAACAACAAACAGAACUCCCUCUAACUAAUGAAAAAUGUCCAUAUAUCGUUGGAGGAGAUCCACCAGGAAGGCGAAGUAGUGGUGUUAAAAUCAAUGAAAACAAUCUUAAUUAUAUUACUUCAAUUUUAAUAACUUUUAUAAUUUUAAUUGCAUUUUAAACCUUGUAAAACAGUUUUUUUUUGAAAUAGAAUUUUAGAAAUUUGAUUAUUUACUAUUUAAUAAAUUUAUUGUG